CCGCAGGGGUUGCCGGGAGUUGUAGUCUGCGCGGAGAGGAAGCAUGGCUGUGGCGAAGCUGAAAUGCCCCGUUCUGCCGCUCGCCAGCGGCUGCAGCAUCCCGGUGCUGGGGCUCGGUACUUCCCAUCAAGGUGGCUAUUCCCAUGAUGCUGUGGUCCAUGCAAUACAAAGCUGUGGCAUUCGUCAUAUUGACACAGCAAGACGAUACGGCUGUGAAUCUCUGCUCCAAAAGGCCAUCAAAGAGAGUGGUGUGAAACGAGAGGACAUCUGGCUAACUACCAAACUGUGGCCUAGUGAUUAUGGCUAUGAAAACACAAAAAAAGCAUGCUUGGAGUCAUGUGAAAGGCUUGGUGUCGAAUACCUGGAUCUUUAUUUAAUACACUGGCCUGAUGCGCAAGUUCCUGGUAAAAGCAAUCGAGAGGUCCGAGCUGAAACCUGGAGAGCAAUGGAGGAGCUCUAUGAGAAAGGUUUGUGUAGAUCAGUUGGUGUAAGCAACUUUCUUAUCAGUCAUCUUGAGCAACUAAAGGAAGACUGUGUGAUUACUCCACAUGUUAAUCAGGUUGAAUACCACCCUUUCCAAAGGCCUCAAGAGCUGGUCGAUUAUUGUAGGAGAAGAGAUAUUGUUUUUGAAGGCUACUGUCCUUUAGCCAAAGGUGAAGCACUUACUCAUCCUAGCAUCAUUCAGCUGUCGAAGAAAUAUGGCAGAACUCCAGCACAGAUUUGCAUACGCUGGAGUAUACAGAAUGGGAUUGUCACUAUUCCAAAAUCCACGAAAGCGGAAAGGAUAGAGGAAAACUGCAAGGUGUUUGAUUUUACAAUAGCAGAAGAUGAUGUUGAAGUUCUCAAUGGACUGCAUGAUGGGAGACAUGUUUCCUGGGACCCAAGCCUUGUUGUGUGAAUGAAGGAUGGAUCAUGUUCAGACACUCCUCUGAUGCAACUGUGAGUUGGCCAGCAGUGCUAGCACUAAGAGAGGAUGCUCUUCUGAUAGUGUCAGAGCACACAGCCUUUGGGAGGACCCCAGCUUGCAACUUCAUUUCUGACAAGAUCAAAGCAUUUUCCGGCAAGGAAAUUGCCCUGGAAUUGACCAGGUUUCUGAAAUCCACACCACACUAAGUUCUUACUGGAAAUUCCACAAGAACUUUGGUUGUCACAAAUGAUUUUUGUUUGUUUUUUUGCCAUGCCCCAAAUCACGAGUUUUUACUCCUCCUAAAAUUCAAGUAUAUAAGGGCAUAUACAUACUCAGGAUGCCUGUGAACAAAAGUGUCUGCCUCUUUAUGCUUGUGGACACGUUGCAGAAACACUUUUAAGCAGUUUACCCAGGUCAAAUGGCUGUUAAUAUGGCUUUGGUGCCCUGAAGUGCUCAGCCCUCCUGCUCGCAUUCCACCCAGACCUGCAUUUGGCUUAUUCUUGCAAUAGCGCAUAAAUGACAUUGUCCUUUCUCCUUAUUCUUACUACAGGCAAUUCCAGAGCUGAGUUUUUAAAGGACGUGUAUACACAUUGGAUUUCUGUGGUGUAUUUCACAGAAGGAUGAGCUUCCUCAACCCGAGCUGUGGCCACUGGGGAGGUACUGAAGAAAGAGUUCCUGUUCUGUUGGUGGGGAUGGAGUAUAACCCUGGUGUAAAGCACCUCACUAAACGCUCCCCAGCAUACUUUUGGUAGAGGUGGCUGGACCAACCUGAAUUUCCCUCGGUUGUAUUUCAGCUAUUGUAAGCAGGCUGGAACCUGCGCAGCCAAGCCACGUGCUAACCUGUCAUCUCUGAGGUUUUGGAGAGCCUUCAGUGCAAAUCCAGUCGAUGGGGCUUCAUUUCCCUGACAAGGAUGAAGCUGCAUUUCAGCUCUGUCUCUGCUGAGAUGUCAAGAGGGCUACAAAUGCGUAUGGUCAGCUAAUUUUAAUGAUGCUUAUUGUGAUACAAACACCCAAGUGUUCGGAGUGGAACUGAAAUUGCCCUGGUAUUUUGCACAGCCUCUAACAAAUAAGUACUUAGAUGUCCCAUCUCUGAGUUGGAGCUCUCACAGUUGGUUAACCAAUAACCUACACAUGAAAGCCUGUACAUCUGACUACUGAAACCCUGAGUCACUCUAUCCUUUUUAAUUAAAGCAUGUUCCUUUAAUGUG